AUGCCGCCGACCGUGAUACGGAUGCCGGCGGGAGCGGGCGGGGGCCAGGUCGGGCGGGGCGGUCACCUGAACGAGCAGCAGAACAGCGGCAUCCGGAUCGGGUGCUGCCGGGUGUGCACGUGCAUCAAUCUGCAGUUCUUCCUCACCAAGAACGGCAUCCUGAAGUGCUUCGAGCUCGUGCUCGGCUGGUUCUGCCAGACGAUGCUGAUCCAGUUCGGGCUCGACACGGCCAAGGACAUCGGCGAGGCGUUCCUCGGGUUCCUCACGACCUGCUCCGCCUUCCUGCUCACCACCACCAUCCUGCUGCUGUGCUACGCCGUCUCCGCGCGGACCUUCCAUCUCGUGCGCCAAUCGAUCUUCGAAGUCGUCUACAACGGGCUGGGCUGCGCGAUGUACCUCAGUGCGGCCUCGUACCUCGGCUUUGCCGUCAAUGUGUUCCUGUACCCCAAGUUCCUGAUCUUCAACAACACCGGCGGCAUUCACAGUGCCUACCCGGCGAUGACGGCAGUCUAUUACAUGGGCGGUAUCGUCGGUAUGGUCUACGGUGUGGACGCGUUCGUUGCCUACCGGCACCUGAAGGGAUACGCCUGA